GAGGGGGAGGGAAAAGGCUCCUCCACUUUCCAUUGCUCCUCACACUCAGGCUGCACUGCCUGCACCUCACCUCUCUGCUCACUUUUGGAAGUUCACAUAUUUCUUACCUAUGUGGCUUGUUUGCUGUUUUUGGUGGAGUUGAUACAAUUACACUGGUAUUUGGGGGAUGCUUGAGCCGAUUGCUGUGGAUUGUUGCACCUUGGGAUUGCUAUUUUCAAAGGUUCAAAAAAGACUCUUGCAUCUUCCAAGAAAAGAACACAGGACUUGAGCUGACCUCACUCAUUCACCCUGGAUGGGGGAUCUGGCUGUUUCCCCUCUUUUGAACCUCACUCACUACUUGCUGUUGGGUCCUGCUGCUUGAGGAUUACACACCCUGGACUGUGCUUCCUUUGGGAUCCCUAUGCCCAGCUUUUGGAGAGAGGGAAUUACUUCUCCUGAUUGCUAGAACUGAACUUGCGAAUCUAUCCCCAGAGAGUUAUUGAGACCUCUGUGUUUCGUCUUGCCAGGCACACGCCUGCUGCAAGACAGGGGGAUCUUUUUACACCACAGUCUUUGCAGGAUCUCCCAAACAGGAACGAAGACCACAUAGUGGUGAUUACGUCUCAUGCUUGCUCACAGACAGUCGGAUGGGGUUGUUCUUGGUGUGGCGCUCAGGGAAAGCAGGCGGUGGAUACACUGACAGAAUGCUGCUACUUCUUUGCCUGUUUCUGGUUGGCUUGUCAAUUGCCCGUCCAUCUUACAGCCGAGUAGAGGAUACCACCAUUGAACCAGAAGAACCUCCAACCAAAUACCAAAUCUCCCAGCCGGAUGUUUUUACCGUUAGCCCCGGCAAGCCACUUGAUCUGCGCUGUCCUUACAACAACGUGUCCCUGGUGGUUUGGACUAAGGAUGGGGUGAAAUUAGAAUCCGGCAAUAGGACGGUGAUUGUUAUCAACUACUUGCUGAUAAACGAGACGUCCCUCAGGGAUUCAGGGCUGUACGCCUGUGCAGUGCAUAAAGGCGGCCAAAGCAAUGCACAUUUCUUCCUUGUGAAUGUCACAGAGGCUAGCUCUUCAGGAGACGAUGAAGAUGACAACGACAAUGAUGUUGCUGAAAAUGUCAUCAAUGACAACAAUAAUAUCAAGGCUCCUUACUGGACCAAUCCUGAGAAAAUGGAGAAAAAACUUCAUGCUGUUCCAGCUGCCAAUACAGUGAAGUUACGCUGCCCGGCUGCAGGGAACCCUCUUCCUACCAUGAGGUGGCUGAAGAACAAUAAGGAGUUCAAACAAGAGCAUCGGAUCGGCGGGUACAAGGUCCGUAAUCAGCACUGGAGUUUGAUUAUGGAAAGCGUUGUUCCAUCAGACAAGGGUAUAUACACUUGCAUUGUAGAGAAUGAAUACGGGUCAAUCAACCAUACGUACAGCCUUGAUGUCAUAGAGCGCUCCUCUCAUCGGCCUAUAUUGCAGGCAGGCCUCCCAGCCAACACAACUGCCUUUGUUGGAGGAGAUGCAGAAUUUGUGUGCAAGGUAUACAGCGAUGCCCAGCCUCAUAUUCGCUGGGUGAGAUAUGUAGAAAAGAAUGGAAGCCGAUACGGAGUUGAUGGGAUUCCAUACAUGAAGGUUUUGAAGCACUCAGGAAUAAACAGUUCCAGUGCUGAGGUGCUGAAUUUGUACAAUGUGACAGAAGCAGAUGCUGGCGAAUAUAUUUGUACAGUCUCCAAUUAUAUUGGAGAGGCCAACAAGUCAGCCUGGCUCACAGUGGUGAAGAAAGAAUCAGGAACAGAACCUACUGAAGAGGCCAGUUCUUUGCCAUACUACAUGGAAAUUGGAAUAUACAUUGGUGGAACCUUUUUUAUCCUCGGCUUUAUUGCAAUUUGCAUUAUAUUUCACUAUCUCAAUGGAGCGAAGAAGAAGAAGGCUUUGAUUGGGCCACCUGUAGUCCACAAGCUGAGCAAGCGAAUUCCUCUACAUCGGCAGGUAACAGUGUCAGCGGAUUCAAGCUCCUCUAUGAAUUCUACAACUCCAUUGGUGAGGAUCACUACGCGGCUCCUAUCCAGUGCCGAUACUGUGCUUCUACCAAAUGUGUCGGAGUACGAGCUUCCCCAUGAUCCAAAGUGGGAAUUCCCAAGAGACAAAAUGACUCUGGGUAAACCCCUUGGUGAGGGCUGUUUUGGCCAAGUAGUCAUGGCUGAGGCUCUUGGGAUUGACAAAGACCGGCCCAAGGAAUCUGUGACAGUUGCUGUGAAGAUGCUGAAAGAUGAUGCUACUGAGAAAGACCUAGCAGACCUGGUCUCUGAGAUGGAGAUGAUGAAAAUGAUUGGAAAGCAUAAGAACAUCAUAAACCUGCUGGGUGCAUGCACUCAAGGAGGCACUUUGUAUGUAAUUGUUGAAUAUGCUGCUAAAGGGAAUCUACGAGAGUUCCUGAGAGCCCGUCGACCUGUUGAGAUGGAGUACUCGUAUGACAUUAAUAGGGUACCUGGAGAGCAGAUGACUUUCAAAGACUUGGUGUCAUGCACUUAUCAGCUGGCCAGGGGCAUGGAAUACUUGGCAUCACAGAAGUGUAUACACCGGGACCUUGCUGCUAGGAAUGUGCUGGUUACUGAGAGCAAUGUCAUGAAAAUUGCUGAUUUUGGUCUGGCAAGAGAUGUCAACAAUAUAGAUUAUUAUAAGAAAACAACAAAUGGUCGGCUUCCAGUAAAAUGGAUGGCACCUGAAGCACUUUUUGAUCGGGUUUACACUCAUCAGAGUGAUGUCUGGUCAUUUGGUGUGUUAAUGUGGGAGAUUUUUACCUUGGGAGGUUCUCCAUAUCCUGGAAUUCCUGUUGAGGAACUCUUCAAGCUACUGAAAGAGGGUCAUCGCAUGGACAAGCCAGCCAACUGCACCAAUGAACUGUAUAUGAUGAUGAGAGACUGUUGGCACGCCAUUCCUUCACAUAGGCCUACUUUCAAACAGCUGGUGGAGGACUUGGACCGAAUACUCACGCUGACUAGCAAUGAGGAGUACCUCGACCUCAGCAUCCCUUUGGAGCAAUAUUCCCCCAGUUUCCCUGACUCAUCGUGUUCUGCUUCCUCAUCUGGUGAUGAUUCCGUGUUUUCCCCUGACCCUAUGCCACAUGAACCCUGCCUCCCAAAAUUCCAAAAUGUAAAUGGCAGCCUAAAAACAUGAGGCACCUUGCGUUCUGCAGUCCUUCUCUAAAGAGCACUACCGAUAGCACUGACUUACUCUGCAGAACGCCAGAGAAUGUGGAUCUUUCUGUGAAAGUGGACACAAAUGUUGGGAAGAGAACACAGAGCAGAACCUACUGUUUUUUUCUCUUGCAAUUCUGUGGACAUGCAACAGCUGGCAAGAAGCAUGAACCCCGGGUGGAUAAUGAAUGCAAAGAGAAAGCAGGGAGAAUGUGCCUGGUCCAUGACAGGAAGCUAUAUCAGGCACGGCAAAGCCAACUAAGUUUCUAAGGACUCAAGGCUGAUACAAUUAUUUUUUUGCCUUGUUAAUUUUGUAAUAUUCUGAGAAAAUAUAUUCCAGCACCCUAGCCCCUUUCAUCCUUCACCAGAGCACAUAUGCAGCAUUAUCGCUGUUGGAAAUAAAUGUAAAUAUAUUCAAAAUAUGUAUAAAUAUAUAAAUAUAUAUUAUAUUUACAAUGAAUUAUUUUUUGUAUUGAUUAAAAAAAACUAAUAAAAAGAACAAAAGAAACCCUUCUGUGCUGGGCAGGAGUGCCAGUUUUAUGCCAUGCUCCUUUCUAGCAGAGAAUGGAUGGACAAAAUAGAUAUUUGGGAU